UCAGCGCAGCUCAGCGCAGCGCAGCUUAGCUAGAUAGCCUGGGCCUCCUCCCUCUCCCCGGCAUCUCUCUCAACGGAGCAUCAGGUUCUCCUGAUCUAGAGAGGGAGACGCGUACAGAGGGAAGGGAAGAGAGGCCGGGGGUUUCAGCAAUGGGGAGAGCCUUGUUCUUGUCGCUGCUGUGGGUCGCCAUGUUGAGUGCUGCUCGCGUGGUGCAAGCUCUUCCAUACGACUACUCCUCGAGCUCUGAGUGCUUGCCGGAGCCGCUGGAGCCUCACUACGGCGGUGGCAUCAUCCGGAACUCCGACUUCAGCGCCGGCCUCCAGGGGUGGUCGGCGUUCGGGUACGGCGUCGUCGAGGAAGGCGCGUCGGCGAGCGGCAACAGGUACGCCGUGUCGCGGAACCGGACGCGGCCGUACCAGAGCGUCAGCCAGAAGGUGUACCUGCAGAACGACACGCACUACACCCUGUCAGGUCAGUCGGCGAUCUAUUCUCCGGGGAGGAGAAAAGAAGCACACAUUUUCUCGGAAAUCUUUCUCAUGGGCAGAGAGAACGGUGAAUUCCCGAUACUAAAUUUGUGUUUCUGUGGUGGCGCAGCUUGGUUGCAGGUCAGUAAUGGCAGCGCCGACAUCACAGCCGUCGUGAAGACCAACGGCGAGUUCAUCCACGCCGGCGGCGUCGAGGCGCGGUCCGGGUGCUGGUCCAUUCUCAAAGGCGGCUUCACCGCCCCCGCCGCCGGGCCGGCAGAACUCUACUUCGAGAGCAACGCGACGGGGGAGGAGGUGAUGGUGGACAACGUCUCGCUGCAGCCCUUCUCCCAGGAAGAGUGGGCGGCGCACCACCACGCGGCCAUCAAGUCGGCGCGCAAGAAGACGGUGCGGCUCCGCGCCCGCGACUCCGCCGGCAAGCCCGUGCCCGGCGCGCAGGUGCGCAUCGAGCACGUCCGGAGCGGCUUCCCGCUGGGCUCCGCCAUGAGCGCCGAGAUCCUGCAGAACCCGGCGUACCAGCGGUGGUUCACGUCGCGGUUCACGGUGACCACCUUCGAGAACGAGAUGAAGUGGUACAGCACGGAGCGCGUCCAGGGCCGCGAGGACUACUCCGUCCCGGACGCGAUGCUCCGGUUCGCCAGGAGCCACGGCAUCCGCGUGCGCGGCCACAACAUCUUCUGGGACCAGCCGAGCCAGCAGCCGGCGUGGGUGCAGUCGCUGUCGUACCCGCAGCUCCGGCAGGCGACGGCGCGGCGGAUCAAGUCGGUGAUGUCGCGGUACGCCGGGCAGGUGAUCGCGUGGGACGUGGUGAACGAGAACCUCCACUUCAACUUCUUCGAGGGCAGGUUCGGCGGCGACGCGUCGGCGGCCUUCUACCGGCAGGCGCACCAGAUGGACGGCGCCGCGCUCAUGUCCAUGAACGAGUUCAACACGCUGGAGCAGCCGGGCGACCCCAACGCGGUGCCCGGCAAGUACCUGGGCAAGCUGUUCCAGAUCAAGAAGUUCCCCGGCAACACCAACGACGGCAGGAUGGCCAUCGGGCUCGAGGGCCACUUCUCCACCCCCAACAUCCCCUACAUCCGCGCCGCGCUCGACACCAUGUCCGGGGCCGGCGUGCCCAUCUGGCUCACCGAGAUCGACGUCGCGCCGGGGCCCAACCAGGCGGCCAACCUCGAGAAGAUCCUCCGGGAGGUGUACGCCCACCCGGCCGUGCACGGGAUCAUCCUCUGGGCGGCGUGGCACCAGCGCGGGUGCUACGUCAUGUGCCUCACCGACAACAGCUUCAGGAACCUCCCCACCGGCGACGUCGUCGACAAGCUCAUCAGGGAGUGGCAGACGCGCGCGCACGCCGGCGUGGCGGACGCCGACGGCUACUACGAGGCGGAGCUGUUCCACGGGGACUACAAGGUCACCGUCAGCCACCCGGUGGCCAACGCCACCGUGGUGCAGAGCCUCACCGUCGACAAGGAGACCACCAAAGCCGGCAACGAGGACACCAUACACGUCUAACUCCUAUAGUACUAUAUAUAGGAGGAGGAUUCAUACAUACUACUAGUACGACGCAUACACAUGUGCAUGAUUGUGGGGGUCUUCUAGCUAGUAGGUUCUAGAGCAUUGUGGUUUGUUGAUGUCGUCAGUCUGUCUGUCAUAUACACACAUACGCGCCCGAGAGAUAGAAUUCCUGGUGAGGCGACCUGUCAGAUGUUCAUAUAUUAAACAGAAAAGGAAUUCGAUUGGUUUUUCAGAUGUA